UUGACUUGAAAAAAGAUCGACGAGGGAAAGCAGAGAGUUUUGAUGGCUUGCAAUCGUAGCGUGAGACUGUUAUGUCGCUCAAAACGGGUCGACAUAGGAUCCGACCCGGGAAUCCACCACUGGCUUAUUGGAUCCCCAUUCUUGCCACCACUCACCGUCGUCUCCAUCCUCCGAUGCAUCCACACCCUCCCUUCCUCGUCUUCUUCUCCAGAUUUAAGCAAAGAAUCAGAGGAGCUUCGUACCUUGAUUUUGAAAGGCUUUGAGAUAAUCGGAGCCCUAGCUUCCGGAGACGACACCAAUGCUCGUGCUGCCGUAGAUGCUGCACGUGGAUUGAGGAAGCUUCUUUAUGGUGAACGAACAAGGGACGACGAUCAAGCGGUGAUCGGAGCAGUUUCCAGUUCAGAUUCCGGCGACCUGCGAUUUUUUGUGUCCGAGAGUGGAAAUGCAACGAGCCUCGAAUCUGUUUCGUCGGUCAUAGAGGAACAACAUCCGGAGAAGUGUGUGUGGGAGAAUGGUUGCUUGCUUCGUUGUGAGCUUCCAAUUAAGUUGCCAGUGUAUUACCCUGUCAAAAAUCCAACUGAUGUUGAGAAAGCAUUUGUACGGGCAAAUGAAGCUGUUAUUGCCAAGUUAAGGGACCCUCAGGUGGUGUAUAUAUUAGAAACAUUAAACAAAACCUCUCUGGAUCUGCCUCCACCUGCUAUAAUUCGAGGUGCGGAAUUAGACUUUGGCACAGACCUCUCCAAGAUCAGGCCUUUGGCUGAGGGUGAUGAUGGCUUUGAUGCAAGCUCACUAGCGUGUUCAUACUUUUCCAUGAACAAUAAAGCAGGCUCACCAGUUUUCUCUGUUGAGAAUGCAGAUACUAUCCAAGUUAAUGUUCACUUUAAUAGCUUAGGGUCAUCAUCAGCAUCUACUGUGCCUGUUGCAGAAUACCUUCCAGUCCAGGAAGAAGCCAGACUCCUUAUUGUGGAUAUUAAGCUAGAUGUACUCUGCUAUUCUUCCAGGGAGCUUCCACUGAAACAUGCAGUUUCAAGUUUAAUCAUCCCUGGCUUAGUUGACCAGUUAAAUAUACUGCAGAACUUGAUGUUGCCUAAUCUUUUGACACAACAUCCUCAGCUAAAAUGUUAUCACUUUAGUCCUCCUGGGAUUCUGCAUCCAGUAACUGUUUUCUAUGAACUGAGUUUUGGGGAGACAGAACUGAAGCAAGUUGAAGUUAGGAGAUCCUUGCACUCAAGGUUGGGAUUACCUUAUGAUCGUCCCCUUUUAAGAAUUGCUAAUUCCUUGGAUUUUUCAAAAUUGAAGAAUAGUGGUAUUGUCUCUCUACAGAAAGGUUCAGCUUUGCUCAGAGAUGUUCACACUGGGAUUCCAAACAGUGGAGUUACUGGGGGAACUGUUUCCCUUGUUCAAGGUUCCUAUGAAUACUUCCAUUAUCUUCAGGAUGGUUAUAAUGAUUCGGGAUGGGGUUGUGCUUAUCGCUCUCUCCAGACUAUCAUUUCAUGGUUUAGACUCCAAAACUACUCGUCCAUAGAAGUUCCUUCUCAUAGAGAAAUACAGCAGUCACUUGUUGAGAUUGGUGAUAAAGAUCCCUCUUUUAUUGGGUCACGAGAAUGGAUUGGUGCCAUUGAGUUGAGCUUUGUUUUGGACAAACUUCUGGGUGUUACUUGCAAAGUCAUCAAUGUUAGAUCUGGAGCUGAGCUUCCGGAAAAAUGUCGAGAGCUAGCAUUGCACUUUGAGAACCAAGGCACACCUGUUAUGAUUGGUGGUGGUGUACUUGCAUAUACACUCUUGGGAGUGGAUUACAAUGAAGCAAGUGGAGAUUGCGCAUUUUUAAUACUUGAUCCACACUAUACUGGGACGGAUGAUCUGAAGAAAAUAGUCAAUGGGGGAUGGUGCGGGUGGAAAAAGGCUGUGGAUAACAAGGGAAAGAAUUUCUUCUUGCAUGAUAAGUUUUAUAAUCUACUGCUGCCACAGAGGCCCAACAUGGUUUGAUAGACUAGCAUUUUAGUAAAUGAUUAUUUUGAGAAAAUAAUUAUUUUUUUACAGCUCUCUCAAGAAGAUUUUGAUUAAAAAAAAAAACUUUCUUGACUCCCAAAAUAAGCUAAUCUAAACUUCAAUGGAGGAAAUUAACUCCCAUGAUACCGAAUUUCUUGCAACGGAAGAGUAAAUUGUUCACUUGGGAGCGCGGUUAGAACUUGAGAGUUCAGUUAAUUCGUUCUCUCACUUUUGGGUUAGUGAGGUUCUGUAAUUGGCUUUCUAUGAC